GUUGCGACGUCAUACCUGCCAUCGGAAAGUUGCAGCAGCUCACCUCCUUGAGCUUGGACAUGAAAGCAAGGGCCAUCCAAGAUGCUGGAUGUAUUGCUUUAGCGGAGGCUCUGGCCCAGCUCCGACAACUUCAGUCCGUGACUUUGAACUUGAGGUCCAACGAAAUCGGUGAUGAAGGCUGCAGAGCUUUGGCAGAAGUGCUUCGGCACGCGCCGCGGCUCACCACCAUGAACCUGCACCUCGAUAACAACCAGAUCAACAACACCGGGUGCCUAGUUUGGGCCGUGAACCUGCGCGAAAUGCAGCAGCUCACCAGCAUGAGGGUGAGCUUCCGGGGGAACCAGGAGAUCAGCGGUGAGGCCUGGGCGGUCUGGCUGGAGGCCGUGGGAAAUCUGAGAAGGCUGCGGAACGUCACCCUGGUAAGUCUUCGGCGGCGCACGAUCGAAGCGUCACCCAAGGCUUUGAAAGGAGUGGUAGGUCAUCUUCGGGAGCUUUACCUGGCCAGUGCAUCAAGGCACCACAAGGCGGGAGCUUCCGUGUGCAGUACAUUGGCAGGAGCACUCAGCCAGCUGCAGCAGCUGAGAUCUCUAGGUCUGGAUGUUGCCGAUAACUUCGUUGACGACUUGGGCUGCACUGCUCUUGCAGAUGCGCUUGGCAAGUUGCAGUGGCUCACAACCAUUAGCUUGGACAUGAGCUGCAACUGUAUCAGAGAUGCAGGCUUCAGCGCUCUGAGCCUCGCACUGCGCCGGCUGAGGCAGCUGAAGCAUGUGACCUUGAACUUGAGGUCGAACUGCAUGGGAGACGCCGGAUGCCGUGAUCUGGCAAAGGUCUUGGGGCAGCUUCCCGAGCUUUCCUCCCUCAGCCUGGACAUCGGAUUCAACACGUGGAGAAAGGACAUAGCACUGACUACCUGGACACAGACGCUCUCUCAGCUGCGUAACCUCGCCUUCUUGGGUCUAUCUAUGGAGAAGCGGUCGAAAAGCCGACACCUCCUCCUGCAGCGGGAGCUUGGGAAGAACCGCUGGGCGGCUUUGUACACGGCCUUUGGCCUCGCCCUGGGGAAGCUCCAGCGUGUGGAGAUCUUGCACGUAAGCCUCAGAGGAGCGAUAGGUUCAGCUGUGGGUUGCACCUGCUUGGUGAAGGCACUGGGAUCGCUGGCUCAGCUGCAGAAGCUCCGUUCCCUGAGCCUGGACCUGGAAAGAGAUUGCCUCACAGUGCAGGGCUGCGAUGCCUUGGCAAAGACGCUGGACCAACUGCAGCAUUUGACUUCUUUAAGCCUGGCAGUUGCAGAGAACAAGAUCGAGGCCAGUGGCUGCUUCGCCCUGGCAACGGGCCUCGGCCAGCUGAAGGAGCUGACUUCUCUGAGACUCCGGGUGUCCCAAAACUGCACCACCGCGGAAGGGCGCUCCUUCCUGAAGGAUGCAUUCUGCCGGAUGCAAGGGCGAGGUCUCGGCUUCGACUGGCAGUUGGAGGAGCUUUGA